AUGCUCGAACUACUUUCUUCCUUGUCGGCAAUCCCUAUACUGCCCCUCAUUCUCAUCUCAACAGUCUUCUACCUAGUAGGAAUCUCAGUAUAUCGUCUAUACCUGCACCCACUCUCCAAAUUCCCCGGUCCCAAACUCGCCGCCCUCACACUCUGGUACGAAAUCUACUACGACGUCUACCUCGACGGACAAUACCAGUUCCACAUCAAAGAACUCCACAAAACCUACGGCCCCAUCAUCCGCAUCAACCCCUUCGAACUGCACAUCAACGACCCGUCCUUCUACGAAGAAGUCUACGCCUCGGCGCCCCGCAAGCGCGAUCGCUCGGAAUGGGUGAUGCGUGCGACGGGCUUCUCGGAUGCGUUCUUUGCUACGGUGCCGCAUGAGCUGCACAAGGUGAGGAGAGCGGCUGUUGCGCCGUUCUUCUCGAAGGCGAAUGUGAGGAAGUUGCAGCCGGUGCUGGAUAAGGUGAUUGAUGGGAUGUUUGGGCAGUUGAGGUUGUUUUUGGGGAGUCGGCAGGUGGUGAGGUUGGAUCAUAUGACGAGUGCUUAUGCGAACGUUGUAGAUAUUGUGAUGGAGUAUUCCUUUGCGAGGAGUGAAAAUAGGAUUACGAAACCAGACUUCGAUCCUGGAUACCAUGAGGCUAUUGCUGCUGGAUCCUAUGCCAACUUCCCUAUCAAACAUUUCUAUUGGUUUUUCAAGCCUCUCCUCUCGUUGCCAGAGUUCAUUCUCGACAAUAUUCUUACUAACAAGAGACAGAUAGUCAAAGGACAGGCCAUAGCAGCAAUGACAGACGCCAAUACCAUGUCCACGAAAUCCAGCACAGCACACCCAACAAUCUUCCACGACAUUCUCUCGUCCAAACUUCCAGCAUCAGAGAAAUCAGUGACUCGUCUCACGCACGAAGCACACACCAUCAUCGCAGGAGGAACUUUCUCAACCGCCUGGCCAAUGACACUCGCCAUCUACCACAUGCUCAAACAACCUCUCCUCCUUCGCCGCCUGAAAGACGAACUCGCAGCCGCAAUUCCAGACGCCAGCACCACACACCAUGCUGACUUACACACAUUCGAAGCCCUCCCCUUCCUCACCGCAGUAGUAAAAGAGAGUCUCCGCCUCGGCUACGGCACCACGCACCGCUUGGCACGGAUAGCAACCGAAGAAGACAUCACUUACACCGACGCCUCGUCUCCCGAGCUCUCCAAAAAAUACACCAUUCCCCGCGGAACGCCCAUGGGGAUGUCGACCCUCCUCUUGCACCACAUCGAAAGCAGUUUCCCCAACUCCUACGCAUUCAACCCGGAGCGCUGGCUCGGAGCCGACGCUGCGCGCUCAGAGAAAUACCUGGUGUCGUUCUCGCGCGGCACGCGGAUGUGUCCCGGCAUCAACCUGGCGUACGCAGAGAUGUAUCUCAUUGUGGGGAGACUGUUCCGGUCUUUUGGCAGCGAGCAGGUGUACGAUGCGAGUGACGUGGGCCGGCUGCGGUUGUUCCAGACGACGGAUUAUGAUGUUGAGACGGCGCACGAUCGGAUGUUUGCUAUGCAGCAUUUGGACAGUAAGGGGAUUCGCGCCGAGGUGCUGCCAAAUUGAUAAGCUGGGUUGGUGUUGUAGGUGUAGGACGAGAAUAUGUUGUCAGCAGAGUUGUGUUGCACAGAGUGGAGUAGGUAGAUGUUGGCAAUAUUUCCUUCUCGUCUAAACUUCCUUCUUUGAGACUUAGUGCCAGAUGUUGGAUCUGCAAUUACAGUAAGAUUGGCUGUUAGCCGGCGCAUCAUCUCAUAGGGCUGCUGACUGUGCCCCUGCAUGGCGACGGAAGGCUUGGCUGAUUAGAAAUCGUCUGUCCGUGUAACAUGGCUGGGAUCUUUCCGUGACAAUGACUAUUGUAACCAAUACGGGCAACAAUAAUGCAACUUUAUGUACGGAGUAACUGGGGCCCGUUGUGGAACUUCUCAGUAUCUCUUGUGUUGCAUAAAAUAGUAGUGCAUGUUUCAAAAUUGUAAGCACCAGUCUGCCCCCACGUCAAACCACGAAGUGCCAAUAUUAUCCCGUCGAAGCAGGGACUUUCAUUCCCGCCUGGC